UGUUUUGAUCAAUCCAUAUAUCGCCCCAAAGCACUCCCUCUUAAAAAGGAAUAGAAACAAGGGGGGACGAUCGUCAAGGAUGCUGUAUACACAUGAUGUACUCGGAUUAUUUCCUUUUAUUUUAUUGCUUGUAUACACAUUACACAACACCGUCCCAUGUUCUAUGCCCGAUGUCCAUCGUACAUUACAAACUAACUUUCAAAGGAGCAAUACUUGCGUAAAAACCAAAUCGGUGUAUACACAUACGCAUUGAUAUUCCGUCUUACACCGUUCUUUCGCAGCGGCGGGCAUGUACGAGUCAUAGAUUCCGUAAGUCCACAUAGUUGUGUGUGUGGGUGGGUGCGUCUCGCCCACGUGGAAGGAUGAGGUUGUUAUGCAAGUCUUUGUUGUUGUUGUGCUUGUAGCACUCCACCUAAGCACAUAUGCGAAUAAAACAAACGAUAUCCCGAGUCCGAAAAGAUGAACCUAUCCCCAGACCCCCACGGAUCUGCAUGCGCAUCAUAUGAGAUGUGUCAGCGUUUUUUUAAUGCUCGUGGUUUGUGGAGAACGUCAUGUGUAGUACGAGGUAAGAAAGAAAUAUAUGUGAGAGGAAUAAAUAAAUGUCCGCGCUACCUCGGUUUGCUCUUGAGUCACUCGUUGGGGUGGGUUCCUGCUAUGUAUUAUUUUCUACGUGCUGUGGAAUUCUUGUAGGCUAGUCUUUCUAGAUUUAUUUUGGACAGGUAAAUGCCGUAAGUCGUUGGGUCCGAGUAUUUUCGCUGCAUUGACAAAACGGACAGUGGAAGUUAGUGGCUGGGAAACGGAAUGGCUGGGCAUCGUCGGACGCGAUGCGAUUAUGCACGUCAUGGAGACAUGUCGAACACACAAACAUACCAAUACCUCUUUGAUUACUUGGGGAGAACGAGCAUUUCUGCGUAGAAUCUAUUCAAGUUCGUGUGCAGGAUCUUAAAAAAAACAUGCCUCCCAAACGUAAGAUCCCCGAGUCAUCAGCAAGCGAUGCGCCACAGCAGCCCACAGCAAAACGAGCGACGCGCUCUUCAGCGCGAAUAAAACCGCAAGUGCAGUCACAAUCCGUGGAAACAAGUGUCCAAUCCAGAAGCAAAAAUAUCCCAAAGAACCCCAAGAGAAAGAUCGAAACUGCAAAGAAACCCAACAAACAAACUGUAAAAGACGCACUGCAAUCGCAACCACACCCAUCCCCACCGUCACAGCAGCCAGCGAGCGAUAUCUUUAGCACCCUAGAAAUCACGGAUAAUUCUCUCAAGAAACCAAUCCUGUGCCACCACUACCAUGCGCCUGCGUCACCGCCCUCGCAGAGUUUGAGCUCAACAACAAAAGCAACAUGCAUCUUCACCCACGGAGCAGGAGGUACGAUAUCCACACCCGCCGUACGUGAUUUCUGCGCUGGAUAUGCUCGUACGGCACCGGUGCUCGUUUUCCAAGGUUCCGCGAAUCUAGCGGCGAGGGUGAAAGCCUUCCACGCGUGUCUAUCGCAUGUGCAAUCAUCCGAAGCAACAGCAUCGAAGAUAGAGCCCAGCGCGAAGAAAGGGGCGAAGAGGGACGAAAACGGUGGAGUAGUAGUAGAAGAAGAAGAAGAAGAAGAAGAAGAAGAAGCUGUGAUCUUGGGUGGUCGAAGUAUGGGCUCGCGCGCUGCUGUUAUGGCUGCUGGCGAACUUCUUUCAAUUUCUCCGUCUUCUACUUCUGCUUCAAAGCCGACAAACGAGGUUGUUGCUUCGCCGAUCAAAGUGUCGUUGAUCUUGGUAUCGUAUCCGCUCCGAGGUCCCAAGAACGACCUCAGUGACCAGAUUUUGCUGGAUCUACCUACUUCGGUGCGUGUUUUGUUCGUCGUGGGCGAUAGAGACGCAAUGUGUCCCCUCGACUUGCUCGAGCGUACGCGCAAGAAGAUGACGGCGGAGUCGAAGUUGGUUGUGGUGAAAGGGGCGGAUCAUGGCAUGCAUGUUCGGCCUAAGGAGAUGGAGAUGGAGUUUGGGGAGGAGACAGGAAGGUUGGCGGCUGUUUGGGUGGCGGGAGAGAUGCAGGAAAGUGUAGUUCAUGUUGGUGGUGAUGAAGAAGAGUAG